UGAUGUAUUGGUGUUGUUGUGGUUAGAGUCUCUCGUUAAUGACGUACAACGAAUGGUUCAUUUGGCAGUCGCUUUUGUGUUGCAGUGUGCGUGGGAUCGUUCUUUUUUUUUUUUACCAUUUAUAAACCCGUUCUCCCACUUUAUUUUCAUUUAAGAUGGACUGGAGAAAGAGGUAGGAGUCUUCGGACUCAAAGGAUUUGAAAAUGAACAAAGGGUGGCUUGAACUGGAAAGUGACCCCGGACUCUUCACUCUACUUGUGGAGGAUUUUGGGGUGAAAGGAGUGCAGGUGGAGGAGAUCUAUGACUUGCAGAGUAAAUGCCAAAGUCCUGUGUAUGGCUUCAUCUUCUUGUUUAAGUGGAUUGAAGAGCGGCGAUCCCGGAGGAAGGUCUCUACCUUGGUGGAUGAGACGUCGGUCAUUGACGAUGACAUUGUAAACGACAUGUUCUUUGCACAUCAGCUGAUCCCCAACUCGUGUGCAACCCACGCCUUGCUGAGCGUCCUCCUGAACUGUAACGAUGUAGAGCUCGGACUGACCCUGAGCCGUAUGAAGGAGUUUACCAAAGGGUUCAGCCCAGAGAGUAAAGGCUAUGCAAUUGGCAAUGCACCAGAGCUUGCAAAAGCCCACAACAGCCAUGCUAGACCUGAACCACGACACCUUCCAGAGAAACAGAAUGGGAUCAGCGCUGUGAGAACAAUGGAGGCCUUCCACUUCGUCAGUUACGUGCCGAUCAAGGGGCGCUUGUUUGAGCUCGAUGGGCUGAAAGCGUACCCCAUUGACCACGGACCUUGGGGGGAGGAUGAGGAGUGGACAGACAAAGCCAGGAGAGUUAUCAUGGAGAGGAUAGGACUGGCUACAGCUGGGGAGCCUUACCACGAUAUCCGCUUCAACCUGAUGGCUGUUGUCCCUGACCGGCGUAUAAAGUAUGAAUCUAAGUUACACGUGCUCAAAAUGAACAGACAGACCGUGCUGGAGGGCCUUCAACAGCUUAUUCGGGUGACACAGCCAGAACUUGUCCAGGAUCGGAAAGCGCAGGAAUCCUCGCCUCCAGAAGAGACGUCUCCUACAGUGAAAAAGGAAGCAGAGUCAGACUCUGGGAAGGCACAGGUUACAGCAGACCCCUCACGCACAGAAUCUGCAGAGUCUUCCUCUUCACAGAGCCAGCCGGAACCAAACCCGAGCUCAACAAGCAGAUCAAAAGCCCCAAGGAAACAGGUGCUGUGCUCACAGAAUGGCCCGCCUGUCCCCCCCACCCCCACAGUCCAGCGGUGGCCAGCCUUCCUUGACAACCACAACUACGCCAAGUCUCCUAUGCAGGAGGAGGAGGACCUGGCAGCGGGGGUAGGGCGGACCCGGGUUCCAGUCCCCUCACAUCACCCUUACUCGGACGAUGAAGAUGAUUACGAUGAAGAGGAAGAAGACUCCAGCAAAACCGAGGCUCCAGUGAGGUACAAGAGGAAGCCUGGCCUGAAGCAGUCGAAGGGAGGCCAGCUGUCCCUCCUGCAGCCCAACACCAUGGGCGUGCUGACUGAGAAGCUGAAGGAGUCCCAGAGGAAGGACCUUUCAGUGCCGCUCACCAUCAAAACGGCUGCAGCGGGGGGCAUCUGCAUCACCGCCCCCUCCCAGCCCUCGCCCACCCCCAGCAACGAGAGCACAGACACCGCCUCGGAGAUUGGCAGCGCCUUCAACUCCCCGCUGCGCUCGCCCAUCCGCUCAGCCAGCGCCACUCGACCCUCCAGCCCUGUCACCUCCCAACUCUCCAAGGUGCUGUUCGGGGAGGACGAGGGCCUGCUGCGGCUUGACUGCCUGCGCUACAACCGGGCCGUGAGGGACCUGGGCCAGGCCGUCAGCUCUGCACUGCUCCACCUGCAGGCUGACGGAGUGCUCUGCACCCUCGCUCACACCGGAGAGCAAAGUCCCGAGGAGGUGAAGAAUGAGAGCGGGCAGCUGCAGAGCAACGUAGAGGAGAACAAGGAGGCUCUUGAACCCAGACACAGCAAGGAGAAACUGGAAACUGGGGAAAACAGUAGCAGCAAAACCACAGGAGAGAAAUACUCCCCUAAAGAGCUCCUCGCUUUGCUCAAAUGUGUCGAGGCUGAGAUAGCCAACUACGAGGCCUGCCUGAAAGAGGAGGUUGAGAAAAGAAAGAAAUACAAGAUUGAUGACCAAAGGAGGACUCACAACUAUGACGAGUUUAUAUGUACUUUUAUAUCCAUGCUGGCACAGGAAGGAAUGCUGGCCAGCCUUGUGGAACAGAACAUCUCCGUACGUCGUCGUCAGGGCGUCAGCAUCGGACGCCUUCACAAACAGAGGAAGCCGGACCGCCGGAAACGCUCCCGACCAUACAAAGCCAAGCGGCAGUAACCUUGACACACAAAACCCUGGGAUCCAGCGCUUGGAAAACUUGUAUUAGCUUAGCUUGUUGAACAGAGGACUCUACACAGUACUGUACCGAACCGAACCCAGGACCUGGUCUGCGGGUUGGAGCGGCAAUAUGAGAAACGCUAUUGCAUAUAUAUACUUAGUAUAUUCUGCUCAUUACCGAAGAUGCUGCAGUUUUAUCGGACCGUUUUAAUGAAGCUAGUCACACAUUCACACACAAAAAGAUAGGGACUCAUCAUGUUUCAUGUCUGCAGUUGUUUUGGGCUAUUCAGAUCCAGUUGCGGGAGCCCCAUUUUUAUUUUUAUUUUACUUUUCUUACUCUGUUUCCUAUGUGGGUGGUCUCUGCACAGCUCCUUGUGAUUCAUAUACCAGACACACACAGUAUUUGGGUGUAAUAAUUCUGAACGUGAGGACUGAACUGUGAUACCUGAGUGAUGAUACCAGGUCUGGAUUGAGAAGCUUGGGUGGCUUGCAGAUUGGGGAGGAUGAAUCCAUUUGUUUUUUUUCUCCUGCUCUCAUAGUUUUAUAUAUAAUAAGGACUUAUUUUGUGCUCAUUUAUCUCCAAAUUAGUUUAGGGGUGUUUUACCUUUUGUUUUUGUAUAUCUGACCAUCUCACUGUACCACUGUUAUUUCUGUCACAUUAUUCAAUCACGCACAUUUUCCGUUUACUAAUUCUUCUUAUGUUUAGUUACAUGUAUUGGUAUAAAUGUAAUUAUGCAUUAGCAAACCUGUUCUUCUUUAAUGAACAUCUUCAUGAACAAGUACAGACGCCACCGUGGGACAGUUAAGUCCUUUUCAGAAAAAAAAAAAAAAACUAAACAAAAAAACAUUGUGCACAUCACCUCACUGCUCUCUUUUUUGUCUGAAUUUUUUUGAAUGCUUCUCCUGCAAAAGGCAGCUUUUUUACCUUGAAGUGUUUGAAUCACAAAAGCGGGGCAGGUUUUUUAAUUCAGCAAGAUGUCCGUAGCCACGCAGUGGUCUAAAAAGUUAUAGAUACAGAAGUGAUCUGCCUUGUAAUUAAUUCACACCUUCAGUCCUUUCAAAAAAAGAGAGGAGAAAGAAUCACCAAAAUGUUUUUUUUUUCUUUUUUUUUUCUGAGCGUUCUGAUAUUUGAAAUCAGUUUAACAGCAAUGGAACCGAUUUCCUUCUACUGUCUCAUCCAGCCCCUGAAUCAACAUAAAGAUCCUUUUAUUCAAAUCAUUUUUAUUUUUGGAAGGAAAAACUGUUAAAGCUGCCAGGCAGGUGUAUUAUUAUUAUUAUUAUUAUUUAUUUCUUAGCAGACGCCCUUAUCCUUGUUACAAGAUAUCACAUUAUUUUUACAUACAAUUACCCAUUUAAACAGUUAGGUUUUUACUGGAGCAAUCUAGGUAAAGUACCUUGCUCAAGAGUACAACAGCAGUGUCCCUCACUGGGGAUUGAACCUACGACCCUCUGGUCAGGAGUCCAGAGCCCUAACCAAUCAUGACUUUGUAUUUUUUUGUUUUGUUUUGUUGUUGUGAUAAUGUUUUAUGUUUAACUAUAAAGCACAUGUGAACAUUUUUGAACUGUUACAACUGUUUCUUUUUGUUAUUAAAGCUUCAAUAAUAUUG